AUGGAAAUUUUUAAGUGUAAAUACUUAGGUCAUGAAAAUGAAGAAAUUAUUGGAUUUUGUUUGAAUUAGAACUGUUAAAAAGCAACACAAUAUUGUUAUGAAUGUUUAAAUACUAAUCAUUCAGAACAUUUCAAUGAUUGUAUUAGAUUCAAUAAAAUGAUCGAAUUUAUGAAUGAAUUUAUACAAGUUUACAAUCAAUAAAUCAAAUAAUUCAAAGAAAUCUCUCAACAACUUUAAAAUUGUUUUGAAUAGAUUUAAAAAAAAAUGGAUCAGGAAAUUAAAACAUUAGAAAAUAUAUCUUAACAACUUUUAAACUAAGACUAUUUGACUUUUAAGUCAUAAAUACAUAAUAUAAAAUAAUAUUACUCCAAGGAAAAAGAAAAUUAGUUAUGUAUCUUUUUUAUAUUAAUAUAAUAGAAUAACAAAUAAUAUAAUUAAAUAAUAUUUUUGAAACAAUUAAAAAUAUUCUAUAAGAAUAAAAGAAAGUGGAUGAUAAAUUUGAUGAAGCUAAUUAAAAUGAUAUUAAAAUAGAAGUAUAAAAUAAACAGAAUGAAUAAAAAGAGUAGUAAUCGAUUAUAGAGGCUUAAAAUAAAUUUAAUGAAGGUAUAAUCAUAUUUAUUUUAUGUUAGGAGUGGAAUUACAUAAAUUAAAUAAAUAUGGAGAAGCAAUUGAAUGUUACGACAAAGCUAUUUCCAUAAAUCCUAAUGAUGCUGAUUUCUGGAAUAAUAAAGGUAAUUGAUUGUUUUACAUUAUUAUUUAGGUACUGCAUUAAAAAAUCUAAAUAAAUAUGGAGAAGCAAUUGAAUGUUACGACAAAGCUAUUUCCAUAAAUCCUAAUGAUGCUGAUUUCUGGAAUAAUAAAGGUAAUUGAUUGUUUUACAUUAUUAUUUAGGUAAUGCAUUAGGCAAUUUAAAUAAAUAUGGAGAAGCAAUUGAAUGUUACGACAAAGCUAUUUCCAUAAAUCCAAAUUAUGCUUCUGCUUUUAGUAAUAAAGGUAAACUGCUUUAUAAUUAAGGCUGUGCACUACAUUAAUAAAAGAAAUAUGAGGAAGCCAUCUUUUCGUAUGAUUAAGCCCUUUCUAUUAAUAUUACUCCUUUAAGACUUAGACUGAAAGGUAAACCAUUCUUAAUUUAAUUUCCAUAUAGCUGA